UCUGUCGUGUCGUGAACGUAAAGCAAUGUCGCGUGUAUCGUUUUCGUAAAACAUUCUACGAUACAUGUGGACGCGCGAUGAAUUGGAUUAUGUUGAGUCUAGGAAAAAACAGCAGUGGCGCUGCGGACAUAUCACGAUACGAGCAUAAUUAAAAUCAAUGUAACGGUGCAGUGUUUCGAGACGAGUGCACGCUUUUUGGGUGCAGUGGCGUAGCUAGAACUUUUGCUUUUUGCUGUCACUUGCAAUACAGUGAAAAUAUUACAAGCCUUGAACAACGGUUAUAGGUGUAGUUGUUAAAAGCUAACUAUUAAUCGAAUAGUAAAGGUCAUCAACUUAACAUGAACAAAAGCAAAAUAGAAUUGUGCCUCAUGUGAAAAGUGCUACCCCCUCAAAAAAGUGCCGUUUACCCCCUUUACCACCCUCUCUAGCUACGCUAAUAUUUGGGUGUAUUUUUCAACGCAUCUGUUGAACGAGAAAUGUCGAACGGAUUGACAGUAGUGAAUAAUGACAAGGACACUAACGAAACAAACUGCAACACAUCCGUGGUCACUGCUGCAUCUCCCACGGAGGGAUUGCAGGAGGGACACUUGACAGGGAUGGAGCAGCCAAAUAUAUCGAGACCAAUUUUGAAGAGACCUGCCGAAUCAGAACCAGAAGGUGCAAGUAAUCCCAAGAAGCGCCACAAGAAUCCGCAGCCAAAGAAUGCAGUGUGUGCCCUGAACGAAUUAAAAACCGGCGCAGUAUACAAAGUUGUUGAUCAAACUGGUCCAACGCAUGCGCCAAUAUUUACAAUAGCUGUACAAAUAGAUGGACAAACGUACGAAGGCAAAGGACGUACCAAAAAAAUGGCAAAACAUGCUGCUGCUGAGCUUGCUCUAAGAAAUAUCAUUCAGUUCAGAAAUACACCAGAGGUUCAUCAAGCAAUUAACACUUGUCAACCUUCUAUUCCUCUUGAACCAGAUUUUACAAGCGACGUCACAGAACGUGAUAAUCAUCUAGUCAAUGCUUUCAAAACUUUAACCCAAGAACCAAAAAGCACAAAUAAAUUUUUAGAGAAGGGGCCUGUAGCACUUAUUAACGAACUAUAUCCUGGUGUAGUGUACAAAUGCGUAUCUGAUAAUGGAGAAAGUUACGCAAAAUUUACAAUAUCGGUAACAAUAGACGGAGAAACGUUUGAGGGAACUGGACCAAGUAAAAAAUUAGCGAAAGCUGCAGCUAGUAAAGCAGCACUAGCUAAAUUAAGGAACGUUCAUAGUUCGUCAUUCUGCAUACCGCUUCCAGUUCGUGUGUUACCAACCUUUUCCAGUAGCGGGCAUUGGCAAGAUCAGAUGACAUUACCCCAAAUGUUAGCCGAUAAAAUUGGAAAAAUGGUAAAUCAGAAAUUUAGCGAAUUAAUUCAAUCGAAACCGCAACACGCUCGACGUAAAGUUUUAGCGGGUAUCGUUCAAACCAAAGGUUCAGAUGCAGAACUAAUUUGCGUAACAACCGGUACCAAAUGUGUUUCGGGAGAGCAUCUGAGCGUCAGUGGUGGUGCGUUGAAUGACUGUCAUGCCGAAGUGGUGGCAAGGAGAUGUUUGUGCGAGUAUUUGUAUAAGCAAUUGGAACUGUACACAGAGGACCGUGCCACGGAGUCUAUUUUAGAGCUAGCAAGAAAGGGAUUCAAAUUAAAACAAGGCAUUCAGUUUCAUUUAUAUAUAAACACCGCUCCCUGCGGUGAUGCCAGAAUUUUUUCGCCCCAUGAAGAGAACGAGUCUGUUGACAAACAUCCAAACCGAAGAGCAAGAGGCCAAUUGCGAACCAAAAUAGAAUCUGGAGAAGGUACCAUUCCUGUAAAAAGCAGCGAAGGUAUCCAAACUUGGGACGGUGUACUUAUGGGCCAAAGACUGCUGACGAUGUCGUGUUCGGACAAAAUAGCUCGGUGGAACGUACUUGGUGUGCAAGGUGCACUUCUAAGCCACUUCAUCGAGCCAAUUUACUUCCACAGCAUCGUUCUUGGCAGUCUAUUGAACCCAAGCCAUAUGUACAGAGCGGUAUGCGGACGUAUUGAAAACACGAUUCAGGGAUUACCGCCGCCGUAUAGACUUAAUAAGCCUCUAAUGAGUCUUAUCACAUCUUCCGAAGUUAGACAACCUGGAAAAGCACCUAAUUACAGCGUUAAUUGGACAAUCGGUCAACCAGAGGCUGAAGUAAUAAACUGCACUACUGGGAAAGACGAAUUAGGAAAACCCUCUAGGAUAUCCAAACAGGGACUAUUCAGAAGAUUUUACAAUUUAUUAGAUAAACUUGACACUAUAGACGACGCUGAUAAAAAUCAGUGCCGUCAUUACUUGGAGGCUAAAUCUUCCGUACAGAAUUACUCGCUUGCCAAGCAUCAGUUGAAGGAAGCUUUCGUAAAGGCACAUCUUGGGAGUUGGGUUAAAAAACCAAUCGAACAAGAUAUGUUUGAGGUCGAUAUCUGACUAAAUCAGGAUAACGAUAUGAUCUCGGCAGAUGAUACAGCUUUUCAGGUGUCAGAUUAUGUAGUUCCUACUGCAAACUAGAUCGCUCGUUCAGCGUGUUAUGAUAUGGCAGAA